AAAAGUGGAAGUAAAAAUGAAAUUAAGAAAGGAAGUAAAGAUGAUAUUAAAAAUGGAAGUAAAGAUGAAAUUAAAAGUGGAAGUAAAAAUGAAAUUAAGAAAGGAAGUAAAGAUGAUAUUAAAAAUGGAAGUAAAGAUGAAAAUAAAAGUGGAAGUAAAGAUGAAAUUAAAAAUGGAAGUAAAGAUGAAAUUAAAAAUGGAAGUAAAGAUGAAAUUAAAAAUGGAAAUAAAAAUGAAAUUAAGAAAGGAAGUAGAGAUGAAAUUAAGAAAGGAAGUAAAGAUGAAAUUCAGAAAGGAAGUAAAGAUGAAAUUCAGAAAGGAAGUAAAGAUGAAAUUAAAAAUAGAAGCAAAUAUGAAAAAGAUGCUUUGUCCAAAGAAGUUGAAACACCUGUAAGAAAAAGUGAAGAAAAACCUGUUCCUAAGACAGUUCAAAAAAAAGCAUUAAGAAAAAGUGAGGAGAAGCCUAUGCGAAAAGAAAUAAAAAGGCCAUUAGCAUAUAGUGAUGAAAGAGAUAAAAGUGUAAAUGAAAUUAGAAAUAUAAUACAGAAGGCACCCCAAGAACUACAAGUAAACGUAUAA